GCCUUGCACAAUUCCCAGUGUUAUUGCCCAGAAGGAAAUUUGAGGCUGUCACAAAUCUUAGCUCAGGGAGAGUAUAAAAGACACCUUGCCUCCACUGUGCUGUCACUGCUCCUCUCCUCCUGUGCACCGCCAUCUGCAGAAGUCAGCCCCAGCACUGCUCAUAGCAAGAUGAAAACCGACCUGGAGCUCGCCUUGGAGUGUGCCAUCAACAUCUACCACCAGUAUGCCAUGAAGUGCCCCAUAGAUGACUACCUGAGCAAGACUGAGUUCUUGAAGCUGCUGAAGGAGACUGCCGAACCCUUCCUCUACAACACUGUGCCGCCUAACACAUCCAUCGAUGACUAUAUAAGCAAGCUCUUUGCCAGAGCAGACCACAACCAUGACGGUCGCCUGAAGUUCACCGAGUUCCUGACCACGCUGAAUCUCGUAGUCAUUGAUGCCCACAAUAGGUCCCACCAGUGUCACAGCAGCCAUGACCAGCAUCCAGAUGACAGUCACGGCCAGGACCACGGCCAUGGUCCCCACAAGUGAAGCAGUUCCCAGGGUGACUGUGCCCACGGGAUUGUGCUUUUCCAGCAGCAUCAUCCCUUCUGUUUGUCCACAAGCACAGACAAACCUGUAACCAAAGCUUUGUUGUCUGCUUCUGCCUAUGGCAUUGAAAUAAAAUUUUUUUCUUCAAGC